AUGGCAGAUGCAGAAGACUCAGCACCAUGGGCACCGAGAGAGAGACGACUCUGCCACUGUGAGAUGUACAGAGGAGUACCCCACCUUGUGACUAGGGCCGCCUGGUACAGACACAGGCAGCGGCAGGCAUGGCUUGAGCGGCAAGCCACCCAGGAGGAUAUUCCAGCAGUAGAGUUGGAUGGGGAAGUAACAGGAACCCCCGUCUUUAAUGAUCAGGAAAACAACCAGGAGCCGGGAGAGGCUACACCAGUCUUUGAGGAUGCCCUAUCUAGAGAACCGUCACCUGUGUUUCACGACCCUGGACGUAUAGAUUCACCGGAUGUUUUUGUACACUACAACCCACAGCCCCACCUCAGGCAUGUGCAGCAGCAAAUACAGGUUCAUGCUUCUCAAGAGCACCAACCCGAGCAGUCACUGAGCCAGCAAACUGUUGUAGCAGAGUCGGUGGUUUCAGAGAGAGAAGAUACAAUCAGUACAUUGAACAACAGCUUCCACCACCACUCCCCGGUUGGGCAAGAGGAGUGGCAUAUGCCUUUGGAUGAGGAGGAGGCACCGCUGCUCCGUCAACGGACAGAAUCGACUCUGUAUGACCUAAACAUGGCAUACAUCACCCCGGUUCCUACCAAUAGGGCAGGCCAGAAGGAGAAUGAUAAUCCUAGCUCCUCUAGUAGCAGCGAGUCUAGUGCACAUGAUAUUCCUGAUAACUCGCCGCUUCCAUCCAUUCGUGGGGAUGUUGAUGCUGAUAUAAAUGCUGAUAGAGAUGACGACGUUGAUGCACCCAGUGAGACUGAAAACGAGAUUGACGAGCGUAUGCCGAGCCCAAACUAUUCCAAUCCAUACUAUGAGGAUGCUGAGGAUGUCGAUAAUGUACCCAGCUCUGAGGAUCCAGAGAGCAGCGGAGCAGAAGACGAGAUCGAGGAUGAUGAGGACGAUGAUGAGGACCCAGAAGUGCUGUCAGAGUUUCCGUACAGCAUGAUUCCGAACGUUGUUCUGGAACCUGCAAUGAUGAGACACCUCCGGCUUAUGAAGGUCAGGAUGGAAGGGAACGUGGCUCAAGAAAUACACAUGAGGUACAUCCAAGCUGUCCAGCCCUUUGACAAGUCCGAGGUCUCGGUGGCAGAUGAGGCAACAACAAAAAGAGAGCUCGGUGCGAUUACAGAGAUAUACCACGUUCGGUAUGACGUGUGUCGAAACAAUUGCAUCUGCUACGUUGCCUUUCCAGCGGCUGACAAAUGCCACAUAUGCAAUGCAGAAAGAAGGGAUAGUAAUGGAAAACCGUACCGUACGUUUGACUAUAUACCUCUAAUCCACAGACUGUUGCUACUCUAUACAGACACUGUAUACGUAAAGACUACGAUGGAGUACAAGGAGUCCUUUGCAAACCAAGAAACGCCACAGAGCUCAGUGCGGGACUACUGGGACAGUCUUUUGUUCAACACAGUCAAGAAUAACAGAGGCUUGUGGACCGAUAGCAGAGACAUCGGGUUCAUAUUCAGCACGGACGGCUUCUCUCUAUUUAAGAUUGGGCAGUACGAUGUCUGGCCGCUACUGCUAAUCAACUGCAACCUGCCGCCGUCUGAGAGGGUCCUGAAAAAAAACCUAAUUCUGUGCGGCAUAAUACCAGGGCCUGGUAAUCCCAAGGACCUGGGGUCCUUCUUGAAGCCAAUGAUUGAUGAAUUCCUCACAUUGCAGGUGGGGGUAAAGGCUUGGGAUGGGCUGCGACGGGAGCCAUUUAUACUGCGCGCUAACAUAGCCCUAGUGGCAGGAGAUACGGUUGCAAUGGCCAAGUUGAUGAAAUGGACUGGUCCUAAUAGCUUCCGGUACUGUCGCUUCUGUGCCAUCUAUGGUAUCAGCGAGGGACACAUAUAUUGUCCCCUGGAACCCCCGCGUGACCGUGAGGAUGCUCUGGAGGGGGAGGCUAGGCGCAAGGGGAGAAGGAUUCCAAAGAGGAAUGCAAAUUUCCCCGAAAAGUCGUGGGAUGCAGAGAAUCUCCCGAUUUGGACCGACGCACAAGUGCGCGAGAACCAGAAAAUGGUGGAGGAGACAAUGGACCUGCAAUGGGGCAAGAUGAUGGGGACCAAUGGAGAGCCUGUCUUUAGCUCCCUCAUGUCGGUGGUGUACCCUUGGACGUUCACACCGGACGUGAUGCAUCUGGUUGAUGAAAACACGCCUAGGUUAUACCUGGCGCAAUGGAUGGGGGUGUUCCGGGACAGAGAACUAGCGCUCCGUGCAAAGAUGGGCCAGGCGGAGGUUGAUGCUUCGCAGGUUGCAGCAUCGCAUGCCCAACCCGAGGGCAUGAGCCAGUCACAAGUGGAGGGGCAGCAAGAGUCUCAAUUUAAUAGCCAGACAAACACACAUCAGGGUGGCUCUCAGAGCCAGACCCAGGGUGAGCGGAGGAAACGUCUCAAGGGCAGGCGGGGGGUUAGCUUCAAUGCUGAAAUAGAAGAGGACUACGUGGAGGAUGCAUUUAUCUUACCCAAGAGAGUGUGGGACAAGAUCGGGGAGGAAAUUGCGGGCUCAAGGGCAUCGAUACCGAGUGCGUUUGGCAAGGCGUUCCGGGAUAUCAAGUACCACGCAAGCUACAAGGCUACAGAGCUGAUGAACUUCAUGCAUCUGAUAUCGCCCAUUGUGCUCAAUCAACGGCUGCCUGCUGAGCACUACAGCCACUGGCACCACUUUGUACUAGCCAGUGAGAAGGCCCGGCGGUACCAACUAAGCAUGGAGGAUGUCGCUGAAAUGGAGCGAGACAUGGUUCAGGUUGUGACGGGGUAUGAGCGUCUGUACUAUCAGUACAAGCUCUCCAAGAUCCGUGGCUGCACCACACAGGUGCAUGGGCUGCUGCAUCUGGGCAUGGCCAUGAAGGUCUGCGGCCCGAAUCCGAUAUACCACCAGUACCCAAUGGAGAGGACAUGCGGAACGAUCAAGGCAAUGUGCCAUAGCCGUUCGUCUGCUAACCGUAAUCUUUCGCUGCAGCUGCUUGAACGGGAGAGGCUCAGGUACCUGCCUUUGAUUGCUUUGAUGCCGCCUGGCUUUAGUGAGACCACCGAUAGACGUCUGUUUGGACUGGGAGAGAAGGACAAGGUUGCUUAUCCAGCAGAGUACCCGGACUGCCUCCUGAUGGGCCCCAAGAUCUCUCGCCGGUUGAAUCAGUACGAGCGGAACCACCUGAAGGAGUUCUAUGCUGAUGUGAUAGGUGUGCCAGUGAGGUCCAUAGUGAUUGUUAGGAAUCCAAUGCUGUUCAGCGGUACAUUCAAGCUCUGGGGUAGAGCAGUUGCGGGAAGCGUGUUGAGCAAUAGCAGCGAGUAUGAGGUGGUAGGAUCGGCCAUCUCAAACGCAAAGCCUGGUGUCUCUUCAUCCCGCAGGAAUGACUCCUGGGUUAGGUACAUAUUAACCGGCGAUGGGAACAGCGAUAUCUCAUACUUUGGCAAAGUAAUAUUCUUCAUGCCGUACGAGAUACGCAACGACGAGAGGCCUGAGGACGAACCAGAGCGUUUUAUGAUAGCGUACAUCCAGCAGGUGGAGGUGGGGAGGGUGAGGAAGCUGAAGUUGGCAUACAUAAUCAACAGACAACAACGGGUUCUCAAGAAGUUUGUUGAUCUAUCUGAUGUGCAGGAACUAAUAGGGUGCAUCAAGUCGCGCGGUAAGGAGUUUUUAGUGUCAAGGACGUCGUGCUUCUGGCCAAAGAAGGGUUUUGCUUGGCGGGAAAUUAUUGACAACGAGACACUUUUUAAUGGUGCUAAUGUGCAGUAA